CUGUCGCCUAGGAGAUGAAACACGCAAGACGCCGGAGCUUCACAAGGGAGCGAACGAGGGUGUUCAUAAGAAUGGGAGCACUGUUUCCUUGCCAGAUCCCUAACUGCUGUGUCUCAUGAACCUACAUAAUCUCGGAGACAAGUCAGUAUUUAAUGAUGACAAAACUUAUCACCAGUCUAACAACCAUGGUCUGAGGGCAAAACGGAAUAAAAAUAAAGAAGCAUUUAAAUUUCUAUUCAAGAAGGAAGUCGUUUCAGUCAACCAUUUCUGCUGCACUAUUUUUCCACAAUGAACCGAUAUACAACUAUGAGACAGUUGGGAGAUGGAACCUACGGAAGUGUCCUUAUGGGCAAGAGCAAUGAAUCCGGAGAGCUGGUGGCCAUCAAAAGGAAUUCAGGAAUGGCGAAGUGGAUGGUUCUGGCUUGGGAUCUCUCCUGAGCCAGGUACUGGCCAAGAUUACAGUCUUCGGAAGGCUUGACUGGGGCUGGAGGAUCCGCUUCCGAGAUGGCUCACUCACCUGGUUGGCAAGUUGGUACCCAGUUCCUCCUCACAUGCACCUCUCCAGAGGGAUUCUUGAGUGUCCUCCUGACCUGGCAGCUGACUUUCACCAGAGUGGGUCUUAGAAACUGGCUACUACACUCACCAAGUGAGGAAGGAUGAAGAGGAAGUUCUAUUCUUGGGAUGAAUGUAUGAACUUGAGAGAAGUGAAGUCUCUGAAGAAACUUAAUCAUGCCAAUGUGAUUAAACUGAAAGAAGUUAUCAGAGAAAAUGACCAUCUUUAUUUUAUAUUUGAAUAUAUGAAAGAAAACCUCUAUCAAUUAAUGAAAGACAGAAACAAGCUAUUCCCUGAGUCAGUCAUCAGAAAUAUUAUGUAUCAGAUAUUGCAAGGACUGGCAUUCAUUCAUAAACAUGGUUUUUUUCAUAGGGACAUGAAACCAGAAAACUUGCUUUGUAUGGGUCCAGAACUUGUGAAAAUUGCUGAUUUUGGACUUGCGAGAGAAUUAAGAUCACAGCCACCAUAUACCGAUUAUGUAUCUACCAGAUGGUAUCGUGCUCCUGAAGUUUUAUUAAGAUCUUCAGUUUAUAGCUCUCCCAUUGAUAUAUGGGCUGUUGGGAGUAUAAUGGCUGAACUAUAUACUUUAAGACCUCUUUUCCCAGGGACAAGUGAGGUUGAUGAAAUCUUUAAAAUUUGCCAAGUAUUAGGGACUCCCAAAAAGAGUGACUGGCCAGAAGGCUACCAGCUUGCAUCCUCUAUGAAUUUCCGCUUUCCCCAGUGUGUUCCUAUAAACUUAAAAACUCUUAUUCCCAAUGCCAGUAAUGAAGCUAUUCAGCUUAUGACUGAAAUGCUGAGUUGGGAUCCAAAGAAACGACCAACAGCAAGCCAGGCAUUGAAACAUCCAUAUUUUCAAGUUGGUCAAGUAUUAGGCCCGUCUUCACAUCUUCUGGAAUCGAAACAGUCUUUAAGUAAGCAUCUACAACCACUAGAAUCAAAGCCAUCUUUAGUUGAACUAGAACCUAAGCCUCUGUCAGACAUAAUUGAUCAGACUGUCGGACAGCCCCAACCAAAUGUCAGCCAUCAACCGCUGCAGCCCAUUCAGUUGUCGCAGAACAUGAGCGUCCAGCAACCUCCGAAACAACAGAGUCAACAAAAACAGCCGCAAACGCUCUUUCCAAGUAUUGUCAAAACCAUGCCGACUAAGCCAAAUGGCACGUUGGGACAUAAAAGUGCUAGGAGGCGUUGGGGUCAGACUGUGUUCAAAUCUGGAGAUAGUUGGGAAGAGUUUGAUGAAUAUGAUUUUGGAGCCUCCCAUUCCAAGAAGCCAAGCAUGGGUGUUUUGAAAGAAAAGAGGAAAAAGGAUUCUCCGUUUAGGAUUCCAGACUCAGUACCCUCAGGCUCCAAUCACUCAGCAGAUGAAGACAAGAGCUUACCUGCUGCUGUUCCCCUAAAAUCUGAUUCUGAAUUGUCAACUGCUUCAACGGCUAAACAGUACUAUUUAAAACAAUCACGAUACCUUCCAGGUGUAAAUCCUAAGAACGUGUCCCUGUUAGCCAGUGGAAAGAAUGUGUACCCAUACACUUGGAGUAAUCAGUUAUUCCCUAAGUCAUUGGGACCCACUGGGGCUGACUUUCCUUUCAAAAGGAGUAAUGCAGGAAAUCUUGGAAGUUAUGCUACUUACAAUCAGUCAGGAUAUAUUCCUUCCUUUCUCAAAAAAGAAGUUGGGUCAGCUGGCCAGAGGAUACAUUUAGCACCUCUAGGUGCUACAGCUGCAGAAUAUACCUGGAACACAAAAACUAGUCGGGGGCAGUUUUCAGGACCUACAUACCCUCCUACAGCAAAAAAUCUAAGCAUUGUGAGCCGCGCACAGCCCGUUCACUCGGUGCACGGGAGGACAGAUUGGGUGGCCAAGUACGGAGGCCACCGGUAGGAGCACUCUGGUGUGAAACCCGCAGCACUGCUCCUUUCAGUGGGUGCUAGUCACCUGACCCUGGGAAAUGUCUACAGAUGUCUAUUUCUAUUGAGUUCUGGGGAAAAUUAUGCUAUAGUGGGUACCUUAAAGAGCAAAAGUCGUCUCCUAUUUUAUUCCUUUCCUAGAAAGGAAUUGCACUUGCUUAGCAUCAUUGCCAACAGUGCUGAUAUACAGGUAGGACAGUACAAAGUGUUGAAUAAACUAUUUGCCAAAGUACCAAGUAUUUGACCUGCAAAUUAAUAGAUGGUAAAUACGACAAAAAUCUUUUCUUUAAAUGCCUCCAGAGAGUAAGCGUUUAGAGAAUUUUAGUUUUCAUUUGUUGUGUGUUUGCCUCAAUUAUUUAAUAUUUCAUCACGGCAUUGUUAUGCAGUGAUGGCCUCAGUCGGUUUUUGUGGGUUUUGUUUUUUUAGUAGCAAUUAGACCCCUGUGGGGUGUCCAUUAACAGUUCAUUUGGGUAAGCCUUUACUCUACCACUUUGGCAAUGGCAGAUAGACUGUAGUCUAUCAUUUGUUUUUCUACUCUGAAACUACAGAAGUGAAGGUAAUUCUAAUCUUGAGUAAGAUGUCUUCCUUAGAAAUAAAUUUAUCUUUAAUACAGAGAAUAUUAAAACUAUGCCAUUGGAUUUGAAUGGAGAAAAGAGUCUCUAGCAUGGAUGUGACCAAUACAAAUGCUGUUAAUUCCUUGCUUAAUGACUUCCAAAUUAACCAAGUUAAAGUUCUCUCAUUGUUCUAUCAUUAAGAAAGCUCUUGAAACGGCUGGGUGUCUGUUCAUCAGGCUUUCAAAACACUUCGGUUCCAUGUUCCUACGGUACACAAAGCUGAGGUGUGCAAGCUGGUUCCCAAAGCAAACUCUUGCUGCUGCAGAUCAUGGACUCUGCUCUGACUUUUACAGUUGCUCUCAAAUGUAUGCAGUUACUACAGCAGUGAUUUCACUGAGUACAUACAUUUUUUUCUUAUUUUUUAUUUCCAAAUUGGUAUUUAAAAUAGAUAUUUUAAAUUUAGGAUUAUUCUAUUUAAACUUGCCAUUUUAUGGACGUUAGUACUGUAUGUUUUUAAAAAAUGUUAUCAACUGCUGAUAUUUUUAUGUAUUUUAUGACUGUAAAAAUGCUAAUGUAAGUCAUCUUGAGGGCAUUAUCCAAAGGCACAUUAUAAAAUAAUAAUUAUAUGGUGUUUUUGCCACAGAAGUUGUUGAAAAUGUUAAAAUCUAAAGAUUUAUUCUGAUGAUAAUGUGCCACAAGUUUAAUCUUUAAGGCUAUGUGUAUUUGUACAGUUUUAAUUAAUGUCUCAAAGCUGUAAUACUGCUUGGAAACUUUUAAAAUCUGAUAGAUAUUAAAAUAAAUAUGGUUA